CAGGUAUCUAGUAUCACCCCGCGAUAUCUCAUCGCAAUUCAAGAGGAAACCUGUAUAAGUCUACGUUUUUGUUCCGUACAACUCGAAACUAGGGAUCAAUCGCAUGAUUACUUAGACGAAAAGAGAAAUUCCCACGCUUUUUUCUUUACUUUUUAGUCAAAUUUGGCGCUAUGGCUACCGUAGUCCCGCCACCAUCAAAACGGCAACGGCGAGAAGAACUAGAACGAUCUCAGAUUCAACAAGAUGUUACGCCUCCAGUCAUUGAAGCUGGUUCGUUCAAGGCGCGAUUCGUAGAUAACGACGGAAACCAAUUGGCCGAAACGAUAGAAGUUCCCCUAGCUGAUGCGACUGAAAAAAACGUUUCUUUACUACUUAAUACUUUAUUAGGAAGGGAACGAGAAGAGUUUACGCCUUAUCGAUUUCGUAUACAUCUCCCGAGCUCUGAUACGGUGAUUGAUAACUACCCAACGCCUUCCGAAUUCCUAGCUGUUCUCCGUAAACAUGGCGUCGAGAACCCCUUCGAGACUACGAUCACCUUAUCCGCCGAACCGCAAGCUGUAUUCAAAGUACAAGCUGUGACGCGCAUGUCAAAUAAGAUACCGGGACAUGGUGAGGCUAUCUUAGCGGCUCAAUUUUCACCCAAGACGAGUAGUCUAUUAGCGACAGGCUCCGGGGACAACACAGCAAGAAUAUGGAACACGGACAGCGGCACGCCGAAGCAUACCCUGAAAGGUCAUUCGGGUUGGGUCUUGGCGCUGGCAUGGCGUCCGGAUGGACACAACCUGGCUACUGGCAGCAUGGAUAAGACGGUUCGGAUAUGGGAUGAGUUGGGACAAGCCGUUGGGAGACCAUUCAAUGGUCACUCCAAAUGGAUCACGAGCAUUGCGUGGCAACCAUUUCAUUUAUGGCGUGAUGAUACGCCGAAACUAGCGAGUGCUAGUAAAGAUGCGACAAUAAGGAUAUGGAUCGCGAAUACCGGGAUAACAGAGCAUGUUUUAUCAGGACAUAAAGGGAGUGUUAGUUGUGUAAGGUGGGGUGGAACGGAUCUAAUCUACAGUGCUAGCCAGGAUAAGACGAUCAAGGUAUGGAAUGCGAUCGACGGGACGUUGAAACAUACGUUGGCGUCGCAUGCCCAUUGGGUGAACCAUCUCGCGUUAUCAACGGAUUUCGUACUUCGAACAGCUUUCUACGACCAUACGAAAAACGUACCUGCAUCCACGGAGGAGAAACGAGCGAAAGCGAAAGAGCGCUUCGAGAAGGCGGCAAAGCAGCAAGGCAGGAUAGCGGAACGAGUCGUCUCGGCCAGUGACGACUUUACGAUAUAUCUCUGGGACCCGGAGCAGGGUACAAAGCCCAUAGCACGACUAUUAGGACAUCAGAAACAAGUUAACCACGUUUCAUUUUCCCCGGAUGGGACCUUGAUAGCCAGCGCAGGCUGGGAUAACCAUAUCAAGAUAUGGGGCCGCGACGGGAAAUUUCUCGCGACAUUGCGAGGCCAUGUAAGUGUACAUCUCGAACGAACCUGCAUAACUUCGUUGCCGCUGGCAAGAAAUCGGUAUAACGGCUAACCCAUGCUAGGUUGCACCGGUAUUUCAAUGUGCAUUUUCGGCUGAUUCGGUAAGUUGAACCUAUCUUAUUUAUUUAAUUCCCUGCGGAGAAUGCCGUGAGGGCUGAAGGGAAGAAUUUCCCUGCGCAGGCGCGUGAUAUUUUCGAAACAGUACUAACAUGUGAUCCCCAGCGUUUACUUUGCUCUGGAUCGAGGGAUACGACUUUGAAGGUGUGGGAUAUGCGUUCGUUUAAGAUGUCGGUUGAUUUACCCGGUCACGAAGAUGAGGUUUAUGCAUUAGAUUGGUCGUUGGACGGCCGGCUCGUCGGGUCCGGGGGUAAGGACAAGGCCGUUCGGCUCUGGCGUAAUUGAUUGGGACUCAUGAUGUUAGAACUGAGUCUUAGAACUGAGUCGAGAGAUAAGCUCAUUGCCCUCAUUGCCCUUAUUGCCCUCGUCAUCCCCCAGGUCCCCACAACACCAAAAGCUGGAUCAUUCUGGCCACCCAGCAUUACAUUGGUGCUUCUAAUGCUAAUUUUUU